CCACCACGGGGCCAAAAGGGCUUUUGACCUUGAUCCCAAGUGGAAGAGUAUGACGCUGCUGGAGAGCUCCGCUUCUGGGCGCUGCGCCGCAGGCUGCAGAGGCAUGACCUGCUCCCUCCGCGCCUGGACUCCCGCACCUGCCUGCUCUUUGUUCUCUAACACAAAGGUUCCCAGCCUCGAGGCUGCGCUCGGAAACACCUGGAGAACUUUUUAAUUGCUCUUACCUGACCCCGCUUCCAACCCAGAAAUUCCGAUUUAAUAAUCAGGGAGCAGGCUAGCUAUCGAAAUUUUUAAACGUCGCUGAAGGUUUACAUUCAAAAUCUUGGCCUGCGCGUCGGGUCUUCGCGACCUAAUUUCCAGCUUCUUAAUCUGACCGCCUGGGGGAAAAAAAGAAAGAAAGAAGAAAGAAAGGAGAGCGGCCCAAAUAGCGCCCGGAGCCCGGCGCUGCCCCACCCCUGCGCCUGCAGAUUUAGCCUCUGGCGUGCGCGGGGAUACACCCCUGAGCUUUGCCCAGCAGCAAUCCAGGGACAGCAGUGCCCGAGGCGGACGACACCGGCUUCUCCGCAGACUGCGAGGGCAGCGUGUCCGGGGUGUCAGCCAGAAUAUGGCUCCCAGCCUGAGCUCAGCAAAGGAAUUAUUAAGUUUCUUAGGAAAAUCAGUGUUUACCAUUCUGGAGACUAUCGUGUUUACCUUAAUCCCAAAGCCACGGAAGAAUGUUGCUGGUGAAAUCAUACUCAUAACAGGCGCUGGGAGUGGACUUGGGAGGCUCCUCGCCCUCAAAUUUGCCCACCUUGGAGCUGUGCUUGUCCUCUGGGAUAUCAACAAGGAGGAGAACGAGGAGACGCGCAAGAUGGCUCAGGACGCUGGAGCGGUAAGAGCUCAUGCCUAUACCUGCGACUGCAGUCAAAAGGAAGAAGUAUAUACAGUGGCUGAUCAGGUUAAAAGGGAAGUUGGUGAUGUUUCCAUCCUAAUCAAUAAUGCCGGCAUCGUAACAGGCAAAAAGUUCCUCGACUGCCCAGAUGAGCUGAUGGAAAAGUCUUUCGAUGUGAAUUUCAAAGCACAUUUAUGGACUUAUAAAGCCUUUCUACCUGCUAUGAUCGCUAAUGACCAUGGACACUUAGUUUGCAUUUCAAGUUCAGCUGGAUUAAUUGGAGUAAAUGGGCUGGCAGAUUAUUGUGCAAGUAAAUUUGCAGCUUUUGGAUUUGCUGAAUCUGUAUUUGUAGAAACAUUUGUCCAGAAAAAAAGGGGGAUCAAAACCACCAUUGUGUGCCCGUUUUUUAUAAAAACUGGAAUGUUUGAAGGUUGUACUACCAGUUGUCCUUCUCUGUUACCAAUUCUGGAACCAGAAUAUGCAGUCAGAAAAAUAGUUGAUGCUAUCCUACAAGAAAAAUUGUACCUGUAUAUGCCAAGGUUUAUAUACAUCAUGGUGUUUUUAAAAAGUGUCCUGCCCCUCAAGAUGGCACUGCUCUUGGCUGAAUAUAUGGGUACCUUCAAGGUAAUGGAUGGCUUCGUUGGCCAAAAGAAGAAGAGCUAAAGACCAACUCUAUGGUUGAUUUCAUCUGCUACCCAACGUUGUAUACUGCUUAUUUUAAGGAAAAGGAUUUUUGUCUGAUAGAAUAUAUCUGGAGACUACAAGUACCUUCUUAUUCUGCUAUCUGGAUUAGUAUUUUCAAUCAAUACUUUUGAAAAUUAUGUUGCUGUCUGAUUUUUGUUGAGUUGUUGUUGUUUUUUUAAUUAAUAAAAGCAGCCCGUUUUUAUCAUCUCUGCUUGCAACAGAGUUGAGAGAGACAGAAUCUUCUCUCAUGAUCUGCCUUUUGCUCUGGUCACUGGGAAGGUGGCUGAAAUGGAGCAGUUAGCUGUGCUGGAGCCUGCA